ACAGCAAUAAUAAAAUCAGCAGAUGGAGUUCGUUCACAAGUUCUCUGAUUAAGACUGAUAAAGGAAAUUGGAUUGAUUGAACUUUCAUGUACUUACAUUACAUAAAGUGCAUAUGUUUUAAUGUAAACAACUGAGAAAUAAGACACUUCUUGUUGCAUUAAUUCUAGAAGCGGUAUUGAUUGUAUAAAUUCUAAUACAUAGAAGAAAUGGCAAUUUAUUUAAGGACAAAUAUUAUAAAAUUGAUUAUGUUUGUAUAUGCACUUAAAGCUGUGUAUUGUAGUGUUGAUGGUGAUGUACACGAUAAAUCGCCAUCGGAUCGCAUAGAUGAUCUGUUUACUGAAAUAAGGGCUUUUCAAUAUACAAUUGAAUCAAAACUGAAAGAACUUAGUGAAAAAAGCUGCCAGCAAUGCAUUAUAAGAUUAUUCGACCCUAACACAAAAGGAGACAAAGAUUUGACUGAUCAUCUGAAUAGAACAAGAGAUAAAAACACGACCGUAAAUAAAGAUAAUGGUAAACAGAUGGAGGUCUAUUCGGACGAACUCAUGCAUCGUCUUGCUGAAUUAGAACAGACCAAGGGCUAUAUAUACGCACCACCAAAAGUGAUUCCUGAAAAGGGGAAGCGGGGUUCUAAAGGAUCACCUGGAUUUCAAGGACAACCAGGAAUACCAGGGCGACCAGGAAUUCCUGGAUAUGAUGGAUUACCUGGAAUUCCUGGAAAUCAAGGACGACCCGGCAUGCCUGGUUCUAAAGGUGCAAAAGGAGAGCGAGGAGUUCCCAAACUCAGUCCCAUUGAAUUCAAAUGGAAAAAGUAA